UGUUCAAAAUUAAUUUCUUCUCUCGUGCCAUCAACAGUUGUAAUUUACUCCUCGGACCAACAACAUCCCACCCAGUGAAAUAACUUUAAAUUAAUUUUUUUUCCUUUAAAAUUUUCUCCCAUUAAUGUGAAGUUUUCUCAAAUUUUUUUUUAUAUAUAUUUUUUUCAAAAAAUAAAAUAAAUUUUCCUUUCUUCACGUGUUCCGACCAAGUGUUGUUCCAGAGUUUUUUUUUAAAUUAUAAAUACCUGAUAAAAAGAUAUUGAUAUCAUGGCUUCAUUUUUAUCUCUGAGCAAGAUAAAGAUCUCCGGAUCUGAUUCCCGUAGUGAGACUCAAAGUGAAAUUUCUUCGGCUGACAGUGAAUUGAGUGAUUUACGUUCAAUUGCCAUUCAAUUGGGAGUCAAUGUGGAAGAUUUGGUCGUGGAAAGAUUUAAAAUUGAGCGCCAGAAGUUGGAGAAUAUGCUUUCGGACACUGAAGGUCGAGGCAUGAAUAAAGCGGAAAUAUUUUUCCAAACGAUUAUGGGAGAUACUUCGACAUACAUUUGCUGGCCAUGCAGAUUGAAGAUUGGUGCAAAGACAAAGAAGGAUCCCCAUGUAAAGAUCAUUGGGAUGCCGGAUAAUGUUCUAAAGGCAAAGGAGCGUGUCAUGUGCUCACUCAACUCUCGCGGUAUGAGAGUGACAAUGAAACUGGAUGUCUCCUAUACGGAUCACUCGUUCAUCAUUGGGAAGAGCGGUAAGAUCAUCAAGAAGAUCAUGGAGGAGACACAGACGCACAUUCACUUUCCCGAUUCCAAUCGCAAUAAUCAAAAUGAGAAGAGUAAUCAGGUAUCGCUAAAUGGUGCUCUUGAGGGUGUUGAGAAGGCACGAGCCCUCGUGCGGGAGUCAGCACCGCUUGUGUUGCAAUUUGAUCUACCAAUUGUGGCACCGAAUCAUCCAGUGCCCGAUAGUGAGUCGCCGUACAUUAAGGAAGUCCAACAGGGGUAUGAGGUGCAAAUUGCCUUCUCAAAUAAGCCCAAAUUGCACUCGUUGUCGGUGAUUGUAAAGGGAUCCGAGCGCAAUUGUAUGAAUGUUAAAAUUGCCACACAACUCUUAAUUGAUAAAUUUUGCUCAUAUGCCGCAUCGAGGAUUGAUGUGAUGCACCAAAUGGAGAUAUCGCCGCAGCAUCAUUGCAUCGUGAAGGGAAAGGAUAAUCGCAAUUUAUUGCACAUAAUGGAAUUUACAAAGACAAAAAUCAUCUUUCCGGACUUGAGUGAUGCAAACAUUCGUCCAUUGCGCCGAUCGCAGGUCCUCAUCUAUGGGAACAUAGAAGGAGUGUACUCAGCACGUCAGUUGCUCCUGGGAAAUUUGCCGGUGGCUCUUAUGUUUGACUAUUCAAACAACACCAUUGAUCCAUCCGAUGUGGCAAAAUUGAAUAAUAACCUCGAUGUUUUCAUCACGGUACGCGCAAAGACACGUCAAAGUACCUUGAGUAUCGUCAUUAAAGGCAUUGAAAAGUUCAUAAAGGAUGUAUAUCAGGCACGGCAUGACAUCCUCAAACUCGACCCCCCAUGCAUUCAACCAACAAUCCCAGCAAGUUAUUGCCUCCAUUUGGAGAAUAAGAGACUCAUGCAGCUGCCAGCACUUCUUGCACUCAAUCCGGACACCCCAACACCAUCGCCAGUCGGCUAUUUGUCCGAUAAGAGCUCACCAUAUACACUAUUCGAUGGUGGUAGUGGCACGAAGAGUCGGUACCAGACGAGCCCGGGCAAUUUCUACACCUUUACGCCAAAUGAAUUGGCAUCGGUGGGCGGUGAAAACCCAGUGGACAAUAAGUAUCUGAAUGUACCCACAAAUAUUUCACCGAGAAGUGUGAGCAACAAUACGAGUGGAUAUCAAAGUUUCAGCAGCAGCACAAACUCCCUUGACCAUUUGAACAUGUACCCAUCGCUGAAUCAACCGCCGAGUGUCAAUUCAUCCCAAGAGAGGAUAUUCUAUGGACAAUCCAGUCGCUGUAGCAGCAGCAGUGGGUACGGUAGUUCCCAAUUUCUCAACACGAGUGACUCACAGUCGUCCAAUAUCAACUAUCAGAUGAAACGUAAUUUCGAUCACAGUCCCAUAUUUGAUUUCAAUUUAAAGAAAUUGGAUGGACUCAGAGCUAUGAAGACAUCACCAAUGGGUGAGGUUAGAACUCCAACAUCAACUUGGCAAGGUUUAGGGCUUAGCAGAACUUCUCCUAUGACUCCACGUGAUGGAAUUUCGGGUGCAUUUUCUGCCGAUUGGGAAGACACAGCAGUAGCAUCGCCCUAUCAAUUGGGGAAGACAUGUGGGAUUCUCGAUUCAACCCCAGUGCAGCGUAGAGCGCAAAUUGGACAUCAUCCAGACUUGCAAAGUCUCCUCACAUCUCUUGACUUGGAGCACUAUAUAAACACCUUCGUCACCAAUGAGAUUGAUCUUGAGACAUUCUCCACACUCACAGAGGAAGAUCUUACAACGCUGGGUAUUACGGCUUUUGGGGCACGCAAGAAGCUCCUCAUGGCAAUUACUGGCUUGGCAGUUUCGGCAAAUUCCCUUACGCCACAUCGCCCAAAAUUCUCCGGAUCAGCAGCUCCUGGUGCUGAGAGACGUACGUCCAAUGGUGUGUAAGAAGACUCUUUUCUUUUCUUUGGCAUUAGAUUCUUCAUCUUAAAGUCCCUUCAUCUACCUAUAUUUAAGAGGAAUUGUAAUGCAAUUGCAUCCAAUUGACUGGCAUUCAAUUGGAUUUCCUUCACAUUGCAUAAAUGCCAAAAUUUUGAGGAAAAAAAUUUUCAAUUGUUAAGAAAAGUAGAAUAAUUUAUCCAGUGAGGCUCCACCAAUCCAUCUAUGAUUAUCAUUGAGAAAAAAGAUUUGUCUAUUAGUCUCAAAUAUUUGUGACGGCCUGUGGUGCCAUUUAAAUUUAAUCUUUCACUGUACAUCUCGACCGUACUUUACCAUUAAUUCUUGUUUAUGUGUUUUUUUGCAAUAUUUAUAAUUAUUACAUUUGCAUUUAUAUUCUAAUUAAUUCACAUAAAUCUAAUUUAUCUUUUUUUAGAAGAAGAAAAAAAUUAUCUCAUUCGAAAAUCUAUAUACAAAAUUUAAAAUAAUUAUUAGUUUAUAACAUAAAACAUAGGCAUAAUAAGUUGAUUUAUGUAUCUCCAAAAAUAUUUAUCUGAUACUCUUGCAUGAGGUUUUGUUUAUGAUUUUGAUUGUGGUUCUUCUUUUUUGCAAAAAGAUAAGAGAAAAGAACUGAUUUGCUGUUCUUUUCUAUAGCGUGAGCAUCACAAGUAAAAAAAACUAAUAUUUUCAUCUAGAAAAUUCACCACGUCAUAAAUCAUAUUGUUAUUAAUUUUUAGUUUAGAAAUAACUCCAAAAAUAUAUAUUCAAAAUUUUAUUUUUAGUCAUACAAUAAGUUAAUGGAGAGAUAAAAAAAUGAAAGAUAAUUUUCACAAAUUAAAUAAUAAUUUUGUUAAACUUUAUAGAGAGCGUGUGUUGAAAAAUUUAUGUAUAUUGACCUGUGAUGAUUCAAUAUCAGUAUUUUUAUGAGAAUUUUCUCACAAAAAAAAACAUACAACGAAACACACCAAUUAAUAAAAUUAAAACAUAAAUCAAUACAAUUAACAACAAUAGAAAAGAAAACGAAACAUAAGCAAAUGCUAAGAAAAUCCCAGUUUAGUUUAAAAUAAAGAUGAUUCCCUCUUUUUUUUAUAUAUUAAAAAAUAAUAUAAAUUUAAUAACGGUUAUACUGAUUAUAAAUGCAAUAAUGGCUCAAAUGCAUGAAAAGUUGUAAUAUCUUUUUUUCAAAAUGAUUAUAAAAAUUAAAAAAAAAUACAUGCUUAUAAAAGAAA